GAUCAUCGGCAGUCCGACUUUAAAGAAAGCUCUGGUUCCUGAGGAGAGUGUUUUCCACUUUGCAGUCAGCUGAGAGAAGAGUUCUGAUGCUUGUGAGGUCACCAUUUUGUAUUGGAAUAGGCCAUGCAGAAAGGAAGCCCAAGAUGGCGGCGCCCAUGAGGGUUGCAGCGCGAGCUAUUUCGUUGUAUAAAGAUGUGACUAUAGUGAGGAGUGUAUCAGUCCUGCCUUCUGUGUCAGGGAAGGUGCUGAUGACAUCACAGCUGAACCAACCAAUCAACAUUCAGCCCUGCAGACAUGUUAGCUUCAUCAACAAGUUAACUGCUGACCAGCUAUGGAAAGGUGUUUUAGCUGAAGGUUCAGGAGCUAUGAGAGGUGCUCGGGGCAAAAGAACCAAGAAGAGGACCAAGAGAGACCUCAACAUUGGUCAGAUCAUUGGUGAAGGAAGAGACGCUUAUGUGUGGCCAGGGCUGAACGCUCCCGUCAUGACGGCCGGCGUGAUCCACAGGAUCCAGAAGAAGGACAAUGACCCCGAGAGAGAACAGAAACUGAUCGAAGAGAGAGAUGCGUGGUACAAGAUGAAGUCUAAACGGUUGAAGAGGCAGCGAGGAUGGACUGGUGGAACAUUAGGGGGUACCAGCCUGGGGUCACCUGAUCCUAUAGGAAAUAGAAAAUUUGAAGACUUUGAAGCAAGAGUUUUAGAGGUGCGUAACGUGUUCAACAUGACAGCUAACAUGGGCAGGAAGAGGUCUGUCCGAGCUCUGGUGGUGGUGGGUAACAGGAAGGGAGCUGCAGGAUUUGCCGUUGGAAAAGCUCAAGAUGCAAGAACAGCCCUAAAAAAGGCAAAGAACAAGGCAGUUAAUGUACUGUACUACAUCGAGAGGUACAACCACCAUACGAUCUACCAUGACAUUGAUGUGACCUUCCAGAACACCAGAAUCAAGAUGAGGAAGCAAAACAGAGGCUAUGGCCUGCAGUGUCACAGGAUUCUGCAGACUUGUGGCCGGCUGAUCGGACUAGAAGACUUGUACGCUCGGGUCCAUGGCUCCAAAAACCCUCUCGGUAUCGUCCACUGUUUCUUCAAGGGACUGACCAAAGAGCAGGAAACCCACCAGCAGCUGGCUGACAGGAAAGGCCUACAUGUGGUGGAGUUCAGACAGGAGUGCGCCAUGCGCCCCAUCGUGGUGGCCUCGCCUAGCGAUGGGAGAGUCCGGGAGGAACCGGAGCCCGAGGACGACAUACCCGACAUCAAGCUGGAUGUCAAGGAUGUGAAGAAGAAGGAAGGCCUUUACAAGAGUCCCUGGGAAGGCAUCUACAGGAAGGAGUACAGAUUCUAAGAUGCCAGUUGAUGCUACAACCACACCAUACCAGAGUAAUUAUAUCAUGCCCAUCUUAAAUAAAAGAUCCUUGCAUGUUUGUGUCCAUUUCUUUGCUGCCAUUGUGUUGUAUAGCAGUCUGUUAUUCUGCCAUCCAUGUGCUGAACAAUAUAUUAAAAAGGCAGUUUCAUCUAAAACUUGUGAUUGACUUGUAUACAUGGCAGUCCAUAGGUACUACGAUCUAUUGAGGAUGAAGCACAAGACAUUUUUAAGGACCAAGACUUUGCAGUAUCAUUUGACUUUGGAGUUGAAACAAUAAUUGUACUCUUACAAUACUGAUAACUGCAGUGUGACGAGUUCAUAGUGACAGGUCAUCACAACAAUUGCCAACUAAAACUUAGACUUAAUGUCUAUGAAAUAGGGAAGAAUGACUUCAAGAACAUAGCUCAAUUUCUUGUUUUAUUGCUAGAUCAACAUCUAGUUCACUACAGUCAUUGUAGCACCCAUUGCCAGAAUUCAGUGACAGUAACAACAUACAAUCUAUAAAUCCCUCUUCUCUUGUGAUACAAGGUACAUGUACAUUAAGCAUUCUGACUGGAGUUAUAACAUCCCACCUAUAUGCUCCUUCAAUUCGCAGGUCUCAAAUUAUUACCUCUUUUAGUUAUCUUAGAUUCUCUUCUUAAGAUUUUUCAAAAAUUGCAAAGUUGCUUUGCAACAUGUUUUAAGAAGCACCAAAAUUCCAUUUUUUCCAUGUCAACAAGACAUAGCUACAAGCUUUGUAACUACAUUCUCUGAUAGCAUGCCAUUCCAGCGCUUGUACAGACAUGCUCACAAAACAAGCCAUUAACAACCUUAUUCAAUUCCCAACUACAUUUGUACUAGUAUAACCAGAAGGAUCCAUCUAUCAAGCUCGCAUUACAAUCUGUUUUGAGACAUUUGCAAGCCGGUUUAAUAUUAUAUCAAAUCUUUCAAGUAUUCAUUGACAAUAAAGUCAUGGGUAUGAAAUA